UUGAUUUGACAGCGAAAAAUAAAAACAAGGAGUUGAAUAAGCGGGUUUCCGUUUGCAAAAAACACUUUUUGGCCAGGAAUUUUCCCUUAAAAAUCCCUCAGGAGCGAAUACAAUAGAUCCCAAUGACAACACUUACACGGAAAACGGAAAUUCGUCACUUGCCAUCAGCUGAAGUCUUUAAAAUCGCUCAACAGCUGGAUUCUUCGCAAAACUGGAAGAAAUUGAUGAGGAUCAUCCCGAAGAAACUGGAAGAAGAUGCUGAUAUUUUGGUAUUUGGUGGAAAAUACAAUGCUGAGCAUAUAAAGAUAAUUGAGAACAACAAAGGAAGUCGAUUGGCAGCUGAGGUGCUAAUUGACGAAUGGGGCACAUCCGGGAGAAUCCGUCCUAAUCUCGCACAUCUCCUGCAGCUCCUGGUGAAGGCUGAGCUCUUCCGUGCUGCAGAAUACGUGGCCUGUGAUCUACUAAACGAACCUCUACCUAAGCGUCCGGAUAAGGGUCCAGCUGCCAAGAUUGACAUCACACUGCCUCCUGAUGAGGAAAUUGAGGCAAUAGGAGGCAUUCUCAGCAACAUGGAGUAUCCAAAUUCAUCGAACUUGAACAACGAUCGCAGUCAAAUGGACAACAACCGGGAUUUCUACGACAAAUGGACUCCAAAUGACCAACAGAAAAUCCGAUUGGAUGAAUCUAGGAAUGGAAUUUCAGAGAAUCUUAUCGAAUUCUCUGUAUCAAGUGUUUCAGUGACGCAAGACAGUAAUUUCUCCUUGCAUUCGGACAUUGUUGGGAAUGAUGGAAUUGUUCUCGUUGGCGGGGAAGAUGGUCCAUCAAAUGCUUCGAGAAAUAUUCCAAGUAGCAUUGACACUCUCUCCACGGAUAUUCCGGACACUGUGACCAGUAACUCGGAGAAUAACACGGAAAUUCCAAAUACUGAGAUAAAUGACGUCCUUCCGGAUGUCAGUUUACUUCGAGUCCAUCGAGCAGAUCCCCCUGAAGAUUCCUCAGACAAUCUACCCCACUUCAGUCUCCUCAUGCCCCGAGCGCCCCCAGCAAAUGAAACCAAAUCCGAAAACACGGAUGUCAACCUCAGUUCAGACUCUGAAACAUUCCAGUCCACUAGUGAAAUCAUUUCCGACAGUAUUCCCAACAUUCCCAAUCUCCCAAUGCUCCAAGGCAAAUAAUUUAGUGGUUUUAGCAAAAGAAAAAGAUUAUCUGAAAAUAUCGCGCGACCUAAAACGCCUCGAAAAAAAAGCUUUUCUUCACCUUCAACGAACUAUCGUUAACUGAGGAGAAAUUAAUGGCCAAAAUAUGUGAAUUGCUAAAUUCAACAAAAAAAAAGAUUUAAACUUCUGUGCAAUUUCUGUGUACUUAUUGUAUGCAAAUUAUACCCUGUCCUGUGAAAAAAAACUGCCUCUUUUCUCCUCAAAAAUAAUUCUCAAGACAUACACUGUGAAUGGUAUGUAAUUAUUAGCAUAUUGUAAUUAAUCAAAAACGAGUUUUCCAAAAGCUUAAUCGACAAUCAUAAAAUAAAAAAGAUCAAUAAAUAAUGUUUGAUUAAAUAAAAA